UGUGCGUGUGCAAGGGGCGCUGUCCUCCGUCUAUUGCUGUCUAGACGUCACGCAGUACAAGUUAAUACGAGGUCUUCUUGACCAUAACCUGGGGGAAAAGAUUGAGAACUUCAAAAAGAGCUUCUUACUUACAUGCAAGAUCCAAAUAUACAGACUGUUCUCAGUGGAGAUGUAUGGACUGUGAUUUCCAUGGGUGUUGACCUUCACAAUGUGACCCUGGAAUUUGUGACCUCCCAUGACCUGGACCCCACUGACCCUUCAAUAUCAGGGGUCAGCUUAGCCAAGCUAGACUUCAUUCACUCGAGAUUGUCUUAUGAGUCAUUUUCUGACCAGUCCAAGGAGACAGAUCUUACUUCGACAGAGAUACGUUUAAGUGAUACAAGAUUUAGAGAUGUAGCAACCGACCAGCGAACUAGUGUUUUUGAGAAGAUCCUCCAGCCAAUGAAAUCAGAGAGCAGGCGUCGCCUACAGCUUGAGCUACACUGGCGGGCCUCACAAGAGGGCACAACAUUUAGCGUCGUCGUUAAUAACAUGAAGCUUCUCUGUAGUUUUGAGUGGAUCAUGGCUGUGAAGGAGUUCAUUGCAACAAAGCCGGAGAAUCCUUUCCUCUACGGUCAGUCAUUGAGUAACAUGAGCUGUGCUUCAAGAUCAGGAGCAACUUCCCCCGUUACUGUUUCCAGUGUAGGUUCUGGAGCCUCUAGUCCUUUAUCAUCGACAAGCAAGACUUCAAAUACUCAACAGGCACAGUCUGAUCCUCCCUUUGAGUUGAAACUGAAUGUUACAGAGACUGAGUUUGUGGUUGUUGAAAACCUGUCCUCUCUCGAUACCAAUGCUGUCAUACUCAGGUGCACAGCAGAGCUAUCCUACCGCCCUCAGUCAAAGGAGAAGAUCCUAAACUGUACGUUGCAGAGUCUUGAAGUUUUCUCGUGCUCGUUACAAGCUGAGGAGGAAACAGCCCUCUCGAUAGUAGAUCCUGUUACCAUACAAGUGACAAUGGAAAGGAAUAGAAACUACACGCCCAUACUAAGGCACUCACCCAUGGAACUGGGCUUAUCAGACACAAGAGUGUUUGGGGAUAAACACCUGCUUUUAGAGGUAAUCUUAGAUGAUACCAUGAACGUCCGCCUAUCAUACAAAGACAUGCAGCUAUUUUUAGCCAUCUGGGACUCCCUGCCCAAAUCCCUCAAGUCCAAACCAUCGGCCCAAUCCCCUACAGUUAUACCUUCAGAUUACAACAUUGAUAAACUGAUGGAACUCGGAUUCAGCCAUUUUGAAUGUGCAAAUGCAUUAGAAACACAUAAAAACAACCUGAAUGAGGCAGCUGUGUGGCUAAUUGAAAACGCCAAGUCUUCUAAACAAAAUAAGAGGGAAAAUAAAGUUACAACCAUAGAGGUUUCUGUAAAGACACUGUGCCUCUGUUUGAUAGACGACUGCCAGGAUGCUGACAUACCGCUGGUGGAAAUGACUUUCUCAGGAAUAAGCCUGAAGUGUGAGCCGGGGAACGAAGGACGGGCCAGGUUUGGAGUAAUGGCUGACUACUAUAACAGGACAUUGUUAGGCUGGGAACCACUGUUAGAGCAAUGGAAAUGUCAUGCACAGUGGCGGAACUUCAAACAUCCAGAGCAAAAGCUUUAUGUGGAAAUAUCAGCAUCUGACGUCCUGAACCUGACAGUUACAUCCACCUUGCUAGACCUGUACAACAUGACGAAAGACAAGUGGGCCGCGGACUACUACAAACACACAGAGAAAGCUGAAACAGGAAUGGAGUCUUUAACCAGCGUGAAACGUCGGCAACUUCUCCGACCCUAUGCAAUACGAAACCAGACUGGUUCCUUGUUGUGGUUUAGACCGGUAACCAAAACACCUUCACAGGUCGGGGGAGGUAACCUUACAUCCCUGCCGGCAAGUCAGGACUGGGUUCAAGUGCCACCAAAUGAAGAUGUGUCAUUCAACUUUCAGAGGCACGAAAAGAUAAGACAUAAGAAAUCCCAGACGUUGCGUAUGAACCAAGUUGAGGUGCGUGUGGACGGAUGGCAAACAUUGCACCCGCUGUCCGUGGACAAAGUUGGGACGUUCUUUAGAUACGCCAAACCUGACCAUGAGAAACAAACCAUCUUUGUUGGGCCCAAGUCCCCCCUGACGCGUGUUGUAUUUGACAUCACCCAUGAGGGAACUGGCCGGAAAGUGAUCACCCUGCGAUCGGCACUGGUCGUGCAUAACACACUAGACGAGUCCAUUGAAUUAAAAAUGGACAAUCCUGUCAUUCCAGGCCGCUACGAAACCUUCAUAAUCAACUUAAAUCAGAAGCGCCCUAUCCCAAUCAGCUAUGUCUACUCGAGAUUAUGGAUAAAGCCUGUUGAUUGGCCAGUUGACUACUGCAGUGAACCAAUUAGCUGGCAACAUGGCGAGAAAGGCAAAAUAGUGAAUCAUGUGCGCAUGUGCUGUAGUGUGGAUUCUGUGUAUAGGUUUUGCUUGGCAGUGUUCCAUGAACAAUACCCCGAAGCUGGGCAAAGAGAAGUUCUUCCAGGUCACAAUGUAUUAAUAAUGGCCCCAUUCACAAUACAAAACCUACUGCCAGUCGACUUCAUCUAUUACUUCAAGGGGACAGAUAUAUUGGGUGGAAUUAAACCUGGAAAAACAACACAAGUCCAUGCUGCUGACACCAGCAAGCGUAUCAUGUUUGGAAUACAACUGGAGAAUUUCCAGACAUGUCAUGAAUACGCGAUCAAAAGUGGGGACCAGACAACCAUCAACAGCGCCCUUCGUCUUUACGACUGCAACGAUCGUCUGCUGGAGCUAAACAUUAGUAUUUUACUUCAUGUUUCUGGCUCUCUGAAGGUGAUAGUUAGCUCCCCGUACUGGCUGAUCAACAAGAGUGGUCUGCCCCUUGUGUUUAGACAAGACGGUUGCCAAGAAGCUGCUGGUCAAGGGGAGGAAACUGAAAUGGCUAGAGUUGUGACCCCUCUUCUCUUCAGCUUCAAUGAGAGUAAUUCACCAUAUCUGUGCGAGAUGCGACUUGGAAAGUACAAACAUGGAACUGAUACAGUUCCCACGUGGUGUAAGGGGUUUGUGUUAAAAAAUGAUGAGGAUCGACCAACGGUUCGUCAGCUUAAUGUCAUACACAGGGAAAGUAACAGACCUGACUGGAUCUAUAACAUAGGUAUAGAAGUAAAGAAGGGCCAGGGGAGUUUCUUCCGAACAACGAUCGUAACAUUCUCUCCUCGUUAUCGCAUUGACAAUUUGUCAAGACACAAACUGGCUAUAGCGCAGAGGCAUUUUACUAGCAAGGAGACCCUGACUCACCCUGAUGGCCAGUUGUCUGCGCCCCGAGGAUCCAAGAUGCCUUUCCAUUGGCCAAGGCCGGACCUGGACCAGCUGCUGUGUGUGAGGAUGUUGAAUGUCAAUGGGUGUAACUGGUCAGGAGGCUUCAAGAUAGACUCAGUCAGCUCAUUUCAUGUAAACAUGAGAGAUGAGCACAAAAAUUCCCUGCUUCUCAAGGUAGAAGUGUUACUUCAGGGUCAGACUUUCACCAUUGUGUUUCUGGACGCUGAGGAAACACCCCCGCCUUUCAGAAUAGACAACUUCUCAGAGAUGCCCUUGACAUUCUAUCAGACGAAAACCCGUGAUGAAAAUCUGCGGGCGGUUAUUCGUCCUAACACGUGCUUGCCAUAUGCCUGGGAUGAGCCAACCCUAGAACACUACCUUACACUAUCAGUUCCGAGCGGUAGCACUGAGACCUACAACCUUGACGAGAUCGGGGAAGGAACGCUUCUUUGGUACCAGUCGUAUUUCUUCAUAUCCGCUUCAGCAACGUUCUCAAGGGGGAAUUCUUUCUCUGAUGCCAUUAAUUCAGAACUUGUGUUGGAUUGUGAACAUGACUUUGUCAUAUUCAGAAAAAAAGAGGUAGGCAAAAGGUCCCAACUCUGGCGAAUGACCCCCACAAACAUGUUAGAAAACGAAGGCAUGUGUCAACCAUUGGAGCCGGGCAAGGCGUCACGUACCGGUCAACGUUACGUGCUAGAUGUUGCAAACAACAAGGAAAACCCAGUCCUCUUGCUGAGGAAAGCAACAGAGGGAAUGUCAGGGAGGCAGAGGUGGACUUUCAGGGAGGGCAUGCUUUGUUCCGACAGUGAUGAUGACAAAUUGAUGGGCUUCGUACGAUGCGUGCAGUGUCCCGGAGGCGUUGAACAACUCUUUGAUGGUGCUAUGGUGAUAUUAGGCAUGGCCCAAGUGGAGGAAGGGGCUCCCAUCCCGCCCCAUAUGAGAAUAUCCAUGCAGAAGAUGAACCCUGGUUCAGGCAGCCUCACGGUCCGCACACAGAUGGAUGGGCCAGUCAGAGUUGUCCAGAUUAAUGACCAGCAACACAGGAUUAUUCGUAAAACACUGUCGAAGGAUGAUGAAGAUUGGGAAAUCUAUGAAGAAUCUCUGAACCACAAAACCAAUGCAAGACGUGGGAAACCACAGCACAGAAAUGUGGAGUUUGACCUGAAUUUGAAGGGAGGAGUUGGAGUAUCAUUGGUCAACACAGUUCCAGAGGAAUUACUGUACAUAUGCUUGAAGAAUAUCACCCUUAACUACAGAGAAAACACGAAAGCUGUUACUUUUGAAGUAACUGUUGGGAAUAUUCAGGCAGACAACCAGUUGCUAGGGGCAAUGCACACUGCUAUGUUAUUUGUGACCCCAACAUCAAAGAACGACACUGUUGAUAAUCACCCCGCCCUUUGGAUUUCCGCUCAUAGGCUUCCAAACAUGGGCUGGAAUGCUGAAAUUUACAAGCACUUGCUGAUAAGGAUGAAGAAAAUGUCACUCCAGCUGGAUGAAGUGUUACUAUGGAAACUGAUCCAGUAUGCACGGAUUGAUCAGGAUCGUCCAGACGCUGACAGUCUAAAUCCGGUUGCAGAUGAACUGAACAUGACCAUAUCAAAUGCAGUCACACUGAAGACGAAGCGUUACUACUUCGGCACACUGAAUGUGAAGGCUGCCAAUGUCAGUCUCAGUAUUCUGAAACCAGCGGGAGGCUUAUCAUCAGAAUUGUACAGCAUUAAGAAAAGGAUGGGCUUCACCCUCCCUAAUUUUAAAGAUGCAAAUGUGCAUUUGUAUGAGUUUAAAAGAUUACAUCAGUUUGACAGUAAAGAGUUCUUCUUGGGUGAGCUGAAGAAACACUACUCUGACGUUUUCAACGAAACACGCCAGUUUAAAGCCGGAUGGAAGGGCUUCGCUCAUGGAAUAGUUGGGGUAUUUAAAGGAUUAACUAAACCUGUGGAAGGCCUCAGGAAGGGAGGAAUUGAGGUACGUCCACCUCGCUGCUGCCAUGGACCAGGCGGUCUACUUCUACCAUUUUCUAUCAACAUGGCCAAGUCUCAGCAACUCCUGUACACUAUCAACGCGUCAAACUAUCAAGAAAGGUUAAUAGUAUGGGACAAGGUUCGCUCCAGCUCCGGCAGUGAGGAUCAGCUGUUUGUGAUGAUAACGAGUCAUCAAGUGAUCUUUAUGCGGGAACGCAAAGACUCUAUUAUCUUACAGCUGAAACAUAGGGACUACUCAAAGGCUGCGCACUUCGAAUCAGACGGGCGUUACUAUGUGAGUCUAUUUCGUGUAGAAGAGAGAGAACCAUACUCCAGUAACAAGACGCCUCAGGUCCGAUGUGAUUGCCGGUCUACUGCACAGAAGGUUGCGCAGCAGAUCAACUAUGCCAAGAAUUUGUCAGACGAACAAAUAAUGUUUGUACCUCCGUUGCCAGAUUUUGACGACCAGUAUUAUGUGUGAAAUGGAGAAUACUGUGAUGUGUUUUAAAUUGGAUUUGGUGAAUAUGGAAUAUCUUUAACAGUUUGAUUUUUUUUUCAAUAUUAUACAAUGUAUGAGAACGUCAAUAUUGUGAAAUAUGUGAGACAGGAAUAUUAUUAAAGCAAUGUAUCUGAUAGGCAAUAUUGUGAAAUGUAUCAGAUAUUGAAUGUUGUUAAAUGUAUGAUAUAUGAACUUUGGAUGAAUCAACGCGUGCUGAAAAUGUAGUUAGCAUAACAGUGUUAUUUGUUUGUGUGUAAAAAGGUUUUGCGUUUUAUGAAGAAUCACAACAAAAUAAGAUUGAGCAGUACUUUAAAAAGUAUGUGGAUCAUCAAGUUGUAUGCACUUGUACUUCUGUCAUUGGAGUACAUGUAUAAUGUUUCUUUUUGAGUUUCAUGUUUAAUGUAAUUCCGAUUAAUACACGUGAAACUGAGGUUAGAAAUCUUUGUUUUACUUUCCUACUUUUUUGAUUUGCCUACCAUUAUAUAUGUAUGUGUCAACACUCAUUUAGUUCUUUUUUUGUAAAUGGGUGAUUUUGAUUCUAAAAUAUGGAUGAUAAAUUGACAGAUACAAACUAUUUAAUUAUGGAAAGGAUGGCUAUCCUAGCAACCGCGGACUUGAUACGUUUGAACGGUUACCUGGCUUCAACUUAAAAGCACUACUACUAAUAUUGUGUUUUUUAUUGUUUUAUGUCGCCAGGUUAUUGUUGAAAGUAAUAAGUGUUUCGUAGACGACAUUUCCCAAUCUAUGUGACUGCGCACUCUUAUCGUUUGACAAAUAUCACAAAUCUUCCAAAUUGUACUUAGUUUUGUUUCAGACGACAAGAUUACAAAACCGUGUAUGAACUAUUCUAUUUAUGUUUAUUCAGAAGCGUAAACUGUUCUUACGGGUACCCACCUGUAAUUGACGAACAGGUACCUGAGUCCAAAAGCUAUUCAUGUCCACGCACUAGACAGUAAUGCUUAAAUGACAUCUGGUAAGUUUCGGUACUUCUAACUUGCAUGAAAUUGUAAGUACCACAUAAUAAUAACCUGUAUUAAUUUGUUGCAACAUGCAUUUAAAAAUAUAAAUUAUUGUUUGUACUAAUUGUGCAUUUUUCAUGCACAUUGUAUUAAAUUGUAUAGUUGAUAUGUUAUAUGAAUUAAUUGUCAAAUGCAUUGAAUUUGCAUUAUGCUUACGUAACAGUUAGAAAUCCAUAGUCGUAAAAAUACAUAAACUAAACAUAUUCUUAUGUACAUGUACACAUGAUUGUAUCAGGAAACAUCUUGUGAACAUUUGUGAAAAUGAGUUGUGUAUUGCUCGUAUUGCUCGUGAGAAAGGCCUGUUUACACUUAAUACAAGUAGAGGCUCCUUGUGUGUCACAAUAUCAGCUGUAUAUUGAUUGGAAGCUUUACAUUGUGUUUUCUAGCCAUUUAAGUUUGCUCGUCAUCUGAAAUAUAUUGUAGUCUAACAUUGGAACAAAGACAAAUUAUCAUCUAUGUAAGCGCUCAAAAAACAGAAACCAUAGUUGUCUUUUAUAUGGCCUUUAACACAAAACUCGGAGUGUAGGAACUGUAAUGUCUGUUCCAUUCAUGUAACCAUGAAUAUUGGUGUAGAUUGUAAUAUUUAGUGUGAAAUAUAAUAUUGUGUAAAUAUUUGCUGUGUUUGUAUUGUUUGAUGAUCUUGUGAUGUAAACACUUUGUUUCUGUAAAAUAAACAGCUGUUACUGUUA